GCAGUGGUCACCGUUGGUAGCCCUCGGAGGGAAAGCUGUUAACCUGCGUGGUCACCAACAUGUCUAAAGGAGACGGUUCCCUGAUUGGAGGCAGAGAGAAAGGAGAGGAGCAGGUUGGAAGCCUGGCUUGGCGGCACCUGGUGAAGCAGGGGGAGGAGGAGGUGUUGAAGAAGGAGGAGGAGGAGGAGGAGGAGGAGGAGGGCCAGGACUGCUGCUUGGAGGACUUGAGCGGGCACCCCGACCUCCUGGAGCUGGCGGUGGACCGAGAGAAGUGCCGCAGCAUCCGCAGGCAGUACCGGCAGCUCAUCUACAGUGUGCAGCAGAACCGCGAGGACAUCGUGAACACAGCCAGCGACUCGCUGACCGAGGCCCUGGAGGAAGCCAACGUGCUCUUUGAUGGCGUGAGCAGAACCAGAGAGGCGGCCCUCGACGCCCAGUUCCUGGUUCUGGCUUCGGAUCUGGGUAAAGAGAAAGCGAAGCAGUUAAACUUAGACAUGAGCUUUUUUAAUCCAGUCGCGUUCUGUGACUUGCUGCUGGUCUUUGUGGGCCUGAACUGGGUGGAGGACCAGCGUGAGGAGUUGAGCGACGACUGCAUAGCGCUCUCCUUCUGGGGGAUGGUGCAGAAGGAGGCGGCGUCCUGGAUGCUGCGGGCUGAAACAUUCCACUUCGUUUACGGCUCAUUUAAGGCAGAACGUUCCGCACGAAAGCCCCGGCUUGAACAUCACAAGAGAGCUUGCAAAAUGGAAGGGAAUGGCGAUAUGCCUACGAAGUUGAGGAAGCUGGACGUGCAUGCCAACCAGGAGACGACAGAAAAGGAAGUAGAAAGAAUCUUGGGAUUGCUGCAAACCUACUUUCAAAAGUACCCCGAUACUCCGGUGUCCUACUUCGAGUUUGUAAUCGACCCGAACUCGUUCUCCCGCACCGUGGAGAACAUCUUCUACGUGUCUUUUAUCAUCCGGGAUGGCUUCGCGAGAAUCCGGCUUGACCAAGACAGGCUGCCCAUCCUGGAGCCCACUAACGUCAGCCAGGGGGAGGAAGAAAGUGACUACUGCUCUUUCGGCAGGAAACAAGGAGUUAUAUCUUUGAGUUUACAGGACUGGAAAAAUAUUGUCAACACUUUUGAAAUUUCAGAGGCCAUGAUCAAAAACCCAUAUUAAAAGAUUUUUGUUUGUGGUGCUGACUCCAUCUUGUAUUGACGCCCUCAGAAUAGAACCUGAACAGAAGCAUGUGCCCUAGUAAACUAUUUUCAAGAACAAGUCAGUUGCCUACUGUGCAGUGUAUUUUUCUUGAUAAGGCUGUAAUCUUAUGGGAAGUUUUUCAUAUCCACACGAUACUUUUAGUAAGCUCUUGAGUUUCUUGGAAGGUAUUAGCCGACGUGCUAAAAACAAAACUGGUCUCCUACUGAACUGCUUUCUCUGUCCUGGUGAACCCAGGGUCCUGUAAGGGGGGGCCGGAGGGGGCUUUUUAUCAAGCGGGGAAAGGGUGAGAAAAAAGGACCAGAAAAAAAAUCAGUGUGAGUCAGUGGUUGGGCAGUGUUGAGACUAAAAAACAUAGGUGACGUGCUUCCUUUCAGGAAGUAGAUCGCUAUAUUCCAGUUUCUUUUCUGAAUGACCUUAAUAAGAAAAUGUGUGUGUGUGUGGUGUGUGGUGUGCGCGCGUGUGCAUAUGCAUUCAUGCAUAGGCAGGCGUGCUGUUAGACUCAAGCAACCAAGGCA